GUUUGAAUCUUGAAUGCAUCACAUGCUUAUCUCCUAAGCAAGUGGCUAUUUUCUCCAUCGAGUACCAACCCUGGAGGGAGCCAAGCUUUGCCAGCUGGAAUAUUCGCUACUAAGUUAACUACUAAUAAUGUACUACUAAUUACAACUAUAUACUCCAGGCCGAACAUACCUGCUCUGGAUGCAUCUCUAGCCGGUAAUGAAGAGGUCUACGCUCGAUCCAGGCCGCAAGACCGCUCCCUCCAGGACCAUGGAUGGAACUUCAACUUCAAGUGGGGAGCCAAAGCUGAAAGGUCAUAUAAAGGAGCGAAAUAAGGCAUGUAUUACCAAGAUGGGGCCAUGGGGUGGAAUAGGUGGCCAAGCUUGCAGAAUCAUGGUGGAACCCGUAUGUCUAAAUAGCAUAACGAUCCGUAGUGGGAAGACGUUACUAGCAAUUGCGUUUUCAUACAGUGACAAGCAUGGAAAGCCUCACCAUGCAGGUCCAUGGGGAGCUAACGGAGGCCAGCUUAUAGGGUCCUCUUUUCAUACGAUUUUGCUUGGCCCCUCGGAGCAUCUGAUCCAAAUUUCUGGAACAGUUGAUAUGAAUAUCGAGCAUUCUACCGACGUCAUAACAUCAAUUACGUUUACCACCAAUAUGAGUGUCUAUGGCCCUUUUGGAACAAGAGAAGGACUUCCUUUUCGCAGUAAACUGGUGAGCAAUGGAAGUAUCGUUGGCUUCUUUGUUCGAGCUAUGUGCCUGAUUGAUGCGAUUGGUAUCUAUGUGAAACCCGAGAGAGAACCAAUGGAAAAACAGGGUUUGAUCACGAAAACUGGACCAUGGGGUGGUUACAACGGGUAUCUUUAUGACGUGGAUGUGUCGCCCCGACGCCUGGUAAGUGUGGUAGUUCGCUGCAGCGAGGUAAUCGAUUCAAUUGCGUUCACAUACAUUGACUGCGAUGGACGGCAACAUAGUGCUGGUCCAUGGGGAGGACAUGGUGCAAUUCGAGACGGUGGGACCAUCCAUACGAUUGUGCUUGGCCGUUCGGAAUAUUUGAAGGAAAUUUCAGGGACAGUCGGUCCGAGUCCACAUCCAGACAUUGUAAUGUCACUUCUCUUUGUUACCAAUAUUGGUAGCUAUGGACCAUUUGGAGGUGGAGGGGGAACUACUUUCUGCAGUCCCGAGCUGAAAAAUGGUAGCAUUAUCGGAUUCUUUGCGCAUGCCGGACAGAAUGUUGACGCAAUUGGUGUCUACGUGGAUGCAAUAAAAGAGAAGGAGAACGAUGGCGUAGCAUGUGCUAACCCCAAGUUACAAGGUGAUGUAAUGGAUCUGGAUAAGGCACUAAUGAUGAAGAUUGGGCCGUGGGGAGGGCAUAGCGGUUAUCUUAAGGACAUCAAGGAGGCACCCCUAUGCCUAAACAGUGUCACAAUCCGCAGUGGAAAGGUUGUAUAUUCCCUUGCAUUUUCCUACAGUGAUGGCCAUGGAAAGCAGCACCAUGCAGGCCCAUGGGGAAUAUGCGAAAGCUUUUCUUAUGGGAGGUUUGAUACGAUUCAGCUAAGUUCCUUCGAGUUUUUGGCUGAAAUUUCUGGAACCAUUGGUUUCUCUACCCAAUAUUCUGCCAAUGUGGUAACGUCGAUUAAAUUUAUCACCAAUGUUGGUUCAUAUGGACCUUUUGGAGCUGGAGGAGGAAUUCCUUUCCAUAGUCCACUAUUGGGCAAAGGCAGUAUUGUUGGCUUCUUUGCUCAUGUUGGGAAGGCGCUAGACGCAAUUGGUCUCUAUGUGAAUUCUGAGAGGCAACCAACAAGAGAAGCGGUUUCGAUUAUGAAAGUUGGCCCAUGGGGUGGCAGUUCUGGGUUGUGCAAUGACGUGGCAGUGUUACCCCAGCGUCUUGUAAGUGUGGUGGUUCACAGUGGCGAGGUAGUCAAUUCGCUUUCGUUCACAUAUAGUGAUUGCAAUGGACAAGUGCACAUUGCCGGGCCAUGGGGACGGACGGUUGAGUCUCAUGACGGUAGUUCUCAUCAGAUUCUUCUCGGGGAUUCAGAAUUUCUGAUGGAAAUUUCUGGAACAGUUGGUCCGAGUCCUGACCAUUCAGAUGUUGUAUCGUCACUUUUAUUUGUCACCAAUGCCAGUAGCUAUGGACCAUAUGGACAAGGAGGGGGGACUCGCUUCCAAAGUCCACGUCAGAGAGAUGCUGUCAUCGUUGGCUUCUUUGCCAAUGGUAGAGAAUUUAUUGAAGCAAUUGGUGUCUAUUUUAGCCCACAGGAGGGGACAAACGAAGAAGAGGAGGAUGUAGUUUCUGGUACUUCAGAUGAUAUGGCUUCUAGACAAAGGGUGGACAUAAAACCUGCAUCUAAUGUGCUGGAGCAUAUGAUACUCGACGAAAGUGCGGAGCCGAUGAAUCUGCCGUUAGCACUUCUACAACACGUCACGGAGGAUUUUGCUGAGAAUCGACAAAUUGGUCGUGGUGGAUUUGGAGUCGUUUACAGGGGAGAUCUUCAAAAUGGGAGUGUUGCUGUUAAAAGGCUCUUAAACAGUCAUACAAUUGAAGAGGAGCCAUUUAAUCGCGAGGCUAUUUCUCUAAUCAGUGUAAAACACAAAAAUGUAGUACGGUUUCUGGGUUAUUGUGCUAAUACAGAGAAUAAAGCUAUGUUACAUGCAGAACCAGGGAAAGCCUUGAAGUAUGUUUUCGUCGAGAUAAGGGAAAGAUUACUCUGUUUCGAGUAUAUCAAUAAUGGGAGUCUCGACAAAUAUCUUACUGAUGAACUAAGGGGACUUGAAUGGCAUACUCGCUACCAAAUUAUUCGAGGAAUUUGUGAUGGUUUGGUUUAUCUUCACAAGGAAAAGGGUAUUGUUCACAGGGAUAUGAAACCUGCGAAUAUACUGCUCGAUCAUCGUAUGAUACCAAAAAUUACAGAUUUUGGUAUAUCAAAAUUCCUUAACGGAGCAACACACGCUGUCGCUAGUAACCGCAUAGGUUCACUCGGAUAUUGUGCGCCUGAAUUCAUAAAUCGUGGUCUGGUGUCAAUCAAGUCAGACAUAUAUAGCUUGGGUGUUAUAAUUACAGAGCUUGUGACUGGAUGUAAGGACAUCCCUGAUAUAAAAAAUGUACUUAGAAGGUGGAGGUACAGGUGGAAUAAGUCACUGAGCUAUCCACCAUCGGGUUAUCAACAAGUAACCAAAUGUAUUGAAAUUGUGUCAAUGUGCUUGUCAGACUGCCCAAAGAGAAGACCUUAUAUAUGGGAUAUAGUCACUAUGCUCAAUAACAUAGAAAAUACGAAGGAACAAAUUAACGAUUGUGAUGACUCUCCAGUUGCCCCAAUAAGCCCUUACCCCUGGGAGCUGCUUGAGCUUGACAUGCUGGAGCUGAAUUUCCCCUUCGAGAUAAACAAGCAGAUACCAUGCUCCCUUCAGCUGACCAACGUAUCCAAUGAUUAUGUUGCCUUCGAUAUUGUAAUGACAGGCGUAUUGCUGUAUGACGUAGAGCCUAAGAAAGGUAUUGUGCCACCACAAUCCAAGUGCAACGUCAUGGUAACAUUGCAAGCACAGCAGAAGGCACCCAAUUCUACAGCGUUCAAGGAUGAGUUCUUCAUGCGGUGCGCCGCUGUGAAUGAGGGCAUCAUGCGUGAGGAUAUCACUCAGGACAUGCUUGACAAGAAGUCGGCUAAAGGGGUUGACGAGGUGACGCUAAAGGUUGUUAUUUCGGCUGUUGGCUCUGCCUAAGGAACUCAAAUUGUUUGCUGUGAGCAGUUCUUCAAACAGUGUUUCUGAAGCGUAGUGUGCUUCGAUGCAGCUCAAGGCGUGGAGAUUAGAACAUGCCUCUUGAAAAGGGCAUUAUAGUCCUAUUUAGCGAGGUGAAAUUAUUUGUUCUCGUGUGACCUCUCCCACCCAGAUCCUUUGUUCUUGCUUGGAUUACUGCGAACCAGAAAAUUAAAUUGGUAAGAGUUAAUUGUCGCAGUACUAUUCCGGUUAGUUGCUUGGAUGAAGAAUAUUAUGGGACGAGACGACCAAUUACUGUGCCGGCUAGUUGUUUGGUUUAGGGUUGGAGGUCGAUCCGUCUGAAGUGUGGGACCACAGAUCUGAUCGCAACAGUAAGUUGAUAGCAUUAUUUUCCAUUGUUAAGAAA